GCAACAAAAUAGCAAAAACUGUAUGUGGGCCUUUUACUGGGUCUUUAGCUUGUUGCUUUUACAAACAAAUAUCUAUGGUUUUUAGAGCAUGAAGCACAUCAAAGGUUGACAUUUGAAUAUCAGAGACAAUGUUCAAGUAACAUCCCCAAAACACAGCUGACUUAACUCUGAAAUGAUGAAUAGGACUUUUCUCUUUAAAUUAUCUUUUUCAUAUGUAAGAAUUUAUUGGAAAAUUCAGUUCAGUUGACAAUACUGUUGAGUAUGGAAUCUCAGUAACUGCUCCCUCUGUUGAACAACUUCUUUAAUGCAAAAGGGAUGUUCCAUAUUGUUCUGUGUGCAUUGUGCUGUGAAUGUGUGGGUGCCGUACCAGUUCUUUCCCUGGACCAUGUAAGAGAAAACACCAAACAUAGGCAGUAUAAAAAGCUUGGGAAGCAUAUGGAAUCUCUCCAACGGAGACCAUGGGCAAGAUUGUUUUUUACGAGGACAAACAUUUUCAAGGUCGUAGUUAUGAGUGCAGUAAUGACUGCACAGACCUGCACACUUACUUUAGUCGCUGCAACUCCAUCAGAGUAGAGAGUGGCUGUUUCAUGAUCUAUGAACGUCCAAAUUAUAUGGGCCACCAGUAUUUUAUGAAGCGAGGCGAGUAUUCUGACUACCAGAGAUGGAUGGGCUUCAGUAGCUGGAUUCGAUCCUGUCGCCUGAUUCCAAUGUACAGGGGACCAUACAGACUGAGGAUCUAUGAGAAGGCUGACUACGGAGGUCAUAUGAUAGAAUUCACAGAUGACUGCCCCUGUGUGUCUGAUCGUUUCCACCAUCGACAUGUGUACUCCUGUAAUGUGAUGAAUGGCUACUGGAUCUUCUAUGAAUAUCCCAACUACAGAGGGAGGCAGUACUUCCUGAAACCUGGGGAAUACAGGAGAUACCGAGACUGGUGUGCUACCUGUGCCAUUGUGGGCUCCUUCAGACGAGUCACUGAUUAUUAGCCAUUCUGCUUGCACUUAUUUAUAUGAACUGUUCAUUUCCUGU